AUGAAUAACAUCGUAGUGUUUGGCGGCAGUUCUCACCCCACAUUGGUAAACAAGAUAUGCGCUAAUCUCGGGAUCAAAUCCUCGCAGAUUAAACUCGGGAAAUUCUCCAAUGGAGAGACCAGUAUCAGUAUUGGUGAAUCAGUGCGUGAAAAGGAUGUUUAUGUGAUUCAAAGUGGUUGUGGCCAUGUCAACGACAAUUUUAUGGAGCUCCUGAUUCUCCUCAAUGCUUGCAAAACAGCCUCGGCCAGUCGUGUUACGGCAGUCAUGCCCUAUUUCUGCUAUUCCCGCCAGCCUGAUAUACCUUAUACUGCCAAAGGAGCGCCUUUGAUUUCUAAGCCCAAAGAAAGUUACACGUUCGAAAGCGUACCUGGAACGCCAGUUUCGUCCACGGUCACGACCCAGAAACCCAGAUCUCCUUCAGACAAGGUCAACGCCAAUAACAACGCCAACAGCAUUAUGGAAAACAUGAGAUCUCCUAAAUUACAGGCCCUGGAGCAACCUUCACCCAUCAGAAUCUCAGAUAGUGGUGACCUACACAAAUCUCCUUCCAUGUCUCGUAUCCCCAUGGUGCCAGAACGUAAGGAAAACAGCUCAGAAUUGGGGCCUCUUUUCAACGCUAACAAUGCGGGUUACAAGCUAUGGGUGGCACAGGCUGGUACACUGAUCGCCAAUCUGCUAACGACCGCUGGGGCUGACCACGUUAUCACUAUGGAUCUGCAUGAUUCACAGUUCCAAGGCUUUUUCGACAUUCCCGUCGAUAAUCUUUAUUGUAAACCUAUCGCACACAACUACAUUCAAUACAACAUUCCAAACUACCAGGAAGCUGUGAUUGUGUCUCCAGAUGCAGGUGGUGCCAAGCGCGCGGCUUCUCUCGCAGAUGCUUUAGAAAUCUCUUUUGCUCUCAUCCACAAGGAAAAGAGAUCACAAUUGCCCAAGGGCCCGCCGGAUGCAAGUUUGACCUCCGGUGGUGGCGCAGCAGUCUCUAAGAAACCUUUGAUUUCUACAAUGUCAUCCCUGGCUCUCAACUCACAGGAUAUGAAAAACUCCUCGUCCUCCUCCAAGUACGUGCAGACGACCAUGUUGGUGGGUGACGUUCGCAACAAAACAUGUAUCAUGGUUGAUGAUCUGGUGGACACAUCUUACACAAUUACUCGGGCUGCCAAGCUUUUGAAAGAUCAAGGCGCCACGAAAGUUUACGCUUUAAUAACACACGGUGUAUUCUCAGGAGAUGCCCUGAAUAGAGUUUCGCAAAGCGCCAUUGACAAAAUAAUUGUCACUAAUACUGUGCCGCAAGAAAACACCGUGAAAUUUCUCGGUAAAGAUAGAGUUCACGUAUUAGACGUUUCUGGAAUAUUUGGUGAAUCUAUCAGAAGAAUCCACAAUGGUGAAUCUAUUAGUAUGCUCUUUGAGCACGGUUGGUAG